AAUUGCAUUAUCUUCAUUAAAAUUUAUGAAGACAAAACAGUCGACAGUAUUCAUAUUCCUCCGUUUCUCAUAUGGCGUUCUAACUGAAAACAAUAUCUUACAAUGUCAGCAUUUAAAGGCCGUAUUUUCAGAGACCUAUAAUCGGUACAAUAAAAAUGUAUUUAUAGGAUCAAUGUUUCAUAUCCAAUAUUAUGAUAAUAACGUAUCUAUAUGGACAAUGAGAUCUUAAAGGAAAAAUUGUACAGUCUAUGAACGUUCCACGUUUGUCAUUCGUUCGAAAUUGUCUUGUUUGUCAUUUCUCAGUUUAUUUCGAAGAUGUUGAAACUUCAGAAAUUUUACAGCAAAUAAGAUUUAGUUAUAAUUAAUUGUGCAAAUACUGUGCAAAUAUCUUGUGGAAAAAUUUAGAUGAGGUUGCAGACAUAAAAAAAUAUUACGUGAAACAAAGAUGCGUAUCUUGCAAUUAACUUUCAAGAUUCUGACAAUUGUUGGAUGCUGGCGACCACAGUCCUGCUCAUCAUUUUGCUUGCGCAUAGUUUAUGACGCAUACACGGUUUUCAUGAUAAUAUUAUUGUAUACUUUUCUAGUGUCACAAUUUUUGGACAUUAUUUGGAAUGUUGACAGUGCCGAAGAUUUCACCGAAAAUUUGUAUGCCAUGAUGGCUUCGGUUGUUUCGUGCUCUAAAAUGCUCAGUUUGCUAAUAAAUCGGAAAAAUAUUAAUAUGUUAACCAACGUGCUCGUUGAGGAACCCUUCAAAACAUUGGAGACGGACGAAAUAAAAAUUCGAUAUAAAUUCGAUAGAUCGAUAUAUAUCAAUACACUUUGCUAUACGAUUUUGGUGGAAACAACUUGUGCGUGUAUUACCGUGACAUCCUUAUUCACGGUAUUCAGAAAAGGGAAUCUAACAUAUAGAGCAUGGCUACCAUAUGACUAUUGUUCGUCCACCGUCGUAUUUUGUCUCACAUAUGCUCAUCAACUUAUCAGCUUAACCGCUGGAUCGCUCGUCAAUGUGGCCUGUGACAGUCUCAUUUGUGGAUUCAUGGUCCACAUUUGCUGCCAGUUCGAGAUUUUAGAAUGUCGAUUGAGCAAAAUAUCGAAUUAUAAUACUCUUCGCGACUGUGUACGUCACCACAACAGUAUAUUUGAGUAUGCACUCAGAUUGAACAAUAAAUUCAGGAUGACUAUCGCCAUGCAAUUUAUAGUGAGUACAUUGGUGGUAUGUUCCAAUUUGUACCAAAUGACUAAGUCAACAUCUUUAAAUGCAAGCUAUCUUCCCUUACUGUUGUAUAUGUCCUGCAUGUUGACUCAAAUUUUCAUCUAUUGUUGGUACGGAAACGAAGUUAAGUUAAAGAGCACUCAACUGCUCGACAACAUUUUUGCAAUGGAUUGGGUAACAAUGAACAGAAGUCUCAAAGAAAGCUUAUUAAUAAUUAUGACUCGUACAGCAGCACCGAUAGAAUUUACCAGUGCUUAUGUUUUAUCUAUGAAUCUCGAGUCUUUUGUUGGGUUACUUAAGACGUCAUAUUCAGCUUAUAACAUAUUAAAACAAAUACCAUGUGAAAUCUUAUUUGUAUUAUUGUAUUAUAUCAUUUAUACUAAACAAAUAUUUAAAAGGUCGGGAAAACGUGCUGUGCAUAAUAAUGAAUCAACAGUUAAUGUUUUCGUAUUGAUAUCUUUGAGAGUGAGAUUAAGAACACGGAAAAUGCAGGUUCUUGCAUUUACAUUAAAAAUUCUUACGGUAGUGGGAUGUUGGCCACCGAAUUCUUGGACAUCGUUGUGUAAACGUAUUAUGUAUAAUACAUAUACGACUUUCGUAAUAUUGUUACUGUUCAACUUUAUGCUGUCUCAACUUAUGGAUGUCGUUUUGAAUGUCGACAAUACCGAUGAUUUUACAGAUACUUUCUAUAUCAUGCUUGCCAUGAUCCUUUCUUGUUGUAAAAUGGUCGGUCUUUUGGUAAAUCGCAAAAAUAUAGGAAUAUUAAUCAACACUCUUACCCAAAAACCAUUUAUCCCAUUAGAAGCUGAUGAAAUAAAAAUCCGUCACAAAUUCGACAAAAUAAUACAGACCAACACUUUAUUGUACACAAUUUUGACCGAGACAACGUGUGCAUGCAUCGCGUUGACAUCAUUAUUCACGGAUUUUCGGAAAGGUAAUUUAACAUACAGAGAAUGGGUACCAUAUAACUACACAUCCGAGGUGGUAUUUUGUGUUAUAUACGCUCGUCAGUUAAUAAGCUCAACUAUCGGCUCGAUGGUGAACGUAGCAUGCGACAGUCUAAUUUGUGGUUUAUUAUUGCACAUAUGCUGUCAGAUUGAAAUACUGGAGUGUCGGUUGAAAAAGAUCUCCCUCGGCCAAAACAAUCUGCGUGAAUGUGUACGUCAGCACGACUGUAUAUUUAAAUUUGCAUUAAUGGUAAACGAAAAAUUCAAGGUCAUUAUUGCCAUUCAAUUUGUAAUGAGUACGCUGGUGGUGUGCUCCAAUUUAUAUCAAUUGGCAAAGAUAACGUUGAAUGCGCAAUGCUUUUCAUUGAUAUUAUAUACAUGCGCCAUGCUGACACAAAUUCUUAUCUAUUGUUGGUAUGGAAACGAAGUAAAGCUAAAGAGUGUUGAACUUGCCACUAAUAUCUUUGGAAUGAAGUGGUUGACGAUGAAGCAAAGCAAAAAACAGAAUUUAUUAUUAAUUAUGAAUCGUUCAUUAACACCCAUUGAAUUUUCUAGCGCAUAUAUUCUCACAAUGAAUCUUGAUUCUUUUGUAAGCUUACUUAAAACAUCAUAUUCAGCUUACAAUAUAUUACAACAAAUGCAAACAACAUAAUUAAAAUAGAAGGUAGUAUAGAAGCUAGACACAAAUUUCCAAUUAAUACCUAUGUGAUUAAUUCAUUUAAUUUUCCUGUUAUCUAUUGUAUUAAUUAUAUUUA